UACAUAAGUACCUCAUGGCAGUCUUUAUCUGAAAUUAACUUUCAUCAUGGCCGGAGGUAUAAUGAUAAGGAAUUUGCACAGACUUUUCAGCCAGUAUCUCGGUGCUGCGCGACCAUAUAGAACUUGCCUUUAUCACACCGAAAGGGGAGUGUACGGAUACAGACCCAGGCAAACUGAAGAAGACGACACCAUACCAUCUGUAGGGACCCAUACCUUUUCGUUAAACCAAGAUCAUGGUUUGGCUCGGCUGGUGGAGGCUUACCGAGCACAUGGCCAUAAAGCAGCCAAAAUUAAUCCUCUACUUCCCGAUGCACCGGUCAUUGAGAAGGUACCUGAAAUAAACCGGCUGUCUGGAACCCUCCAGGGACCCUUCAAUACAACUGGUUUACGCCACUUUGGCAAAGCUGAGGCAUCCAUUGAAGAGGUUGUAGCGUACCUUGAGAGUAUCUAUUGUGGGAGCAUCUCUGUGGAAACCACACAACUCCAGACCCUACAGGAAAGGGAGUGGUUUGCUGACCGUUUUGAGGAACUCAAAAAAGAGACUUUUUCUACAGAGGAGAAAAGGCAACUGGCUAAACUCAUGCUUGAAUCACAGGAGUUUGACCGGUUCUUGGCCACCAAGUUUGCCACUGUGAAGCGAUACGGAGGUGAAGGAGCAGAGAGCAUGAUGGGAUUCUUCUAUGAGCUCUUCCGAUCAGCAUGUUAUAGUGGGGUGACUGACGUGAUCAUGGGCAUGCCACAUCGUGGUCGUCUGAACCUGCUGACCGGACUGCUACAGUUCCCUCCUGAGCUAAUGUUCCGCAAGAUGAGGGGUCUUAGUGAGUUCCCAGAAACCUCCCCCUCUAUUGGCGAUGUGCUUUCUCACCUAACCUCCACUGUGGACCUGGACUUUGGGGCAGGACAUCCACUCCAUGUUACUAUGUUACCUAACCCCUCCCACUUGGAGGCCAUCAAUCCUGUGACACAGGGUAAGACUCGUGGCAGGCAGCAAGUCAAAUCUGAUGGGGACUACUCUGCACACCCACAUGCUCAGCCAGGAGACAAGGUCAUCUGUGUUCAGGUCCAUGGGGAUGCCUCAUUUUCAGGGCAAGGAAUUGUACCAGAGACUUUCACUCUGUGUAACCUGCCCCACUUCCGGGUUGGUGGCAGCAUUCAUCUCAUUGUGAACAAUCAAGUUGGUUAUACAACCCCCUCUGAGAGAGGAAGAUCAUCAUUGUACUGCAGUGAUGUUGGUAAAAUGGUGGGUUGUGCUGUGGUCCAUGUGAACGGGGAUGAUGCUGAGGAUGUGCUUAAAGCAACACGGCUGGCAGUGGAAUAUCAGCGGCGCUUCCGAAAAGAUGUGAUUGUAGAUCUGUUGUGUUACCGCCAGUGGGGGCACAAUGAACUAGAUGAACCUUUCUUCACGAAUCCAGCUAUGUACAAAAUUAUCCGCUCCAGAAAGAGCAUCCCAGACUCAUACUCAGACAAGCUCAUCUCAGAGGGGCUAAUGGCAGAGGAAGAACGUGGACAGAUCAAGUCAGCUCACUAUGCUAUGCUCAAUGACCGACUGUCCAAUAUGACUCUGUACAGCCCCCCACCCACCAACCUCCAGGGCCGCUGGGGUGACUUGGUGGAGCCACAAAAUCGUGUCACUUCAUGGGACACAGGUGCCCCAGUGGCCCUGCUGCAGUUUGUGGGUGCCAAGUCAGUGGACAUUCCUGAGGAAAUCCAGCUGCACAGUCACCUUAGGAAGACACAUGUACAGAUGCGACUCCAGAAACUUGAGGAGGGAGCCAAGCUGGACUGGUCCACAGCUGAAGCCAUGGCCUUCGGCUCACUCCUCUGUCAAGGUUUUAACAUCCGGAUCAGUGGCCAAGAUGUGGGUCGAGGUACAUUUAGUCAGCGUCAUGCCAUGGUGAUUUGCCAGGAAACAAGUGAAAUGUAUAUUCCCCUUAAUCACAUAGAUCCUGAGCAGAAGGGCUUCAUGGAGGUGUGCAACAGUGCCCUGUCUGAAGAGGCUGUACUGGGGUUUGAAUAUGGUAUGAGUAUUGCCCAGCCUAAGCUUCUACCCAUAUGGGAGGCUCAGUUUGGGGACUUCUUCAAUGGUGCCCAAAUUAUCUUUGACACUUUCAUCUCAGGAGGUGAGGCCAAGUGGUUGUUGCAGAGUGGCAUUGUCAUCCUGUUGCCACAUGGAUACGACGGAGCUGGGCCAGAACAUUCAUCCUGCCGCAUUGAGCGCUUCUUACAGAUGUGUGACAGCAAAGAGGAAGGUGUUGACAGUGACACAGUGAACAUGGGAGUGGUGCACCCCACCACCCCAGCACAGUACUUUCACCUGCUUCGGCGUCAGAUGAUUCGCAAUUUCCGCAAACCACUCAUUGUUGCUGGACCUAAAACACUUUUGCGUUUCCCAGGGGCAGUAUCUACCUUAGCAGAUCUGGCUCCAGGCACAUCCUUCAAGCCUGUAAUUGGUGAUCAUUCAGUUAAACCUGAAAGUGUUCAGCGGGUCGUGCUGUGCUCAGGGAAACACUACUAUGCCUUGCUGAAACAUAGGGAGACGUUACCAAAGGCCACUGAGACCACUGCAUUAAUAAGAAUGGAGGAGCUGUGCCCCUUCCCACUGGAACCCUUGCAGCAGGAGCUGUCUAAAUAUGUCAAUGCCAAAGAGUUUAUUUGGAGUCAAGAGGAACCACAGAACAUGGGCGCCUGGUCCUUUGUGGCUCCAAGAUUUGAGAAACAGCUGGCCUGUAAGUUGCGGUUAGUCAGCAGGCCUUCACUACCUGCCCCAGCAGUAGGCAUUGGAACUCUUCACAAACAACAAGAAGAGGCAGUCCUGUCAGCCACCUUCAGUUGAUGCAACUAAAAUCGACACCCUGUUGAGGGUAUCCUCCUACACUAUCCUCCUACAUCCUCCUAUUUCAGCAUUUCUGGAUUUCAUACUUCAAUGAUAACGAUUUACUUCUUUUUGUCACAUUGUUUUUUCAGUACAGUUUACACAUUCGCAAUGAUAACACUAACAGUGAUCACACAGGGUUGUAAAAUUAAAUUGCGGCCAAAUGGAUAAUCAGAUAAAACCUCUCUGUAGAACAGAUGAAUGAAACCACAGCAGUUUUCCCAAGCUUCUUAAACAAAAUUAUCCAUCAGAGUACAACACAGCAAUGACAUAGUUUUACCCAAUUUCAGUUGAAAAUAGAGGGAUUCCCUUUUUGCUUAAGUAUUAAAAUGAAGGAAUUAAUUGGGAUGUAAGCGGAGGUGCUACAGCACAAGUAAACUUACCCUCAAAAAUAAGAGUAAUGAAAAGGCACUUAAGAAUUUCAUACACCACUAACAAAUGUUUAAGCGCUAACUCAGUUGCACGUGGUGCUCGAGAAAUGACAUGAUUAUAAAAUUAGGUUUGGACUGUCAGUGGGUUCUGAAUUAUUUAUACAUGACGUGAUUGUUUUAGCUGCUGUGAUGUGUGGUGUUUUGUAAUAUACAUGAGAACUUUAUUGUUUACAUCUGAUACAAUAAAUGGUUCCUAAAAUAAUGACUGAAGAUUAUGAACAAAAAAAAAAUGGAAUUAAAAAAAUGGAUAAAAAAUGAGAUGUUCAAACUUUUGUUGAUUUGUUUAUGUGGUUACUGAAAGAAGAGAGUGUAUUGCUUUCUUUUACACUAUGGAGUCACAGCAUAUAACUUAUCAUUAUAGAUCUCCCCUGAUUCAUACAGCACCGUUGCCAUAGACAAAAGAAACACAACCAUAUGCCUACUUUCCUACACAGUAAAAUAGCCAUGGUAUCUCUUAUCACAUAGGUAAGAUCACUAUGAUAGUGGGUCGCCUACUAAGAAGUGGGAGAGGGACAUAGCAGUCCUUGCCCACUGAAAAGAACAUGAUUGGUUGUGCUACCUCAGACACUUGGUAACAGGCUGCAAAUGAAACACUGUUCUAGGUCUCGCCUCAGCUUUGAAAGCAGAUUAGUGUGUGGUAACACCUAACCAACGAUUUUCUUGAAUUUGUAAUAUUUCAGUACUUCGUGUACCAUUUAAGAGACGUGUACCCCAUAGUCCUUUUGCACAAGCUUUCCCAACAGUCACCUGUUAACAUAUGAAAGACAUCUCAUGCAAAACAGCACUAUUUACUUUUUACAUUUACUUUUACUCAGAUUUUAAGUUCUUCUUUUCUUCUUUACUUGCACUUGUUUUUUUGUGUCUUCAGAUUCAGUUUAUCUGUGAAAACUGGACUUGCACAGAAAAUAAAGAAAGAAAAUGGA